UGUCAAGCCGGACGCGCGCAUACUACAGUUCUGUCUCUAUGCAAGGUUUGUUUGGACAACGGGUCUGGAAUUCCACAGAGACCCAGAAAACUUAAAGUAUGGUGGCUGUAGUGGGAGCUGGAAGAGAUCAACUGGAUGGCAAGAAAGUGGUUUGACACGGGUUUAUGUUACUUGCAAGGGGGGGAAGAGUGAGUAGGGGUUUCCGUUCCGCCGUCGCAUUGUAGUUCACCACCCGGCUUCGUUAGCUUAGCCCGCUAGCUAGCAUGCUAACGAACUGAUGUAGCGUCAACUGCGAUGCGCUCAAGGAAACGGAGCUUCUUAGAAGUCGGUUUGAAUUUUUUAUGUGCAUUUUAAUAUUGACCAAUGUGAACUGUUAGUGAUAGCUGUCGCGAAGCAAUGGUGGUGGCGUUAUGGUGAAGUGAGGUACCCGUGAGGUGCCCAUAUACAGUUAUGAGCAGUUUCAACAUUACAACCAAUACCUCAAGCUCCUCUUUGAACGCAGACGGUAAAGGUUCCGCGGUGAGCAUCGACUGCACCAACAACAACAAGGAGUGGGCUUUGGGAGAAGAUGUGUUUUCGUGCUGUCACGAGAUGAGUCUCGUGGACGAGGCGGUGCAGGCAGGCAUGUCCUCGGUCCAGGCGGGACUGGACGGACACCUGCCGCUCCUACACGCCAGGCACCACGGCGCACAGAGCGGGCUGCUGUUGGACCUGAGCUCCCCGGGGACGUACCUGGACAGCUCCCUGGAGUUCAGCGACAACGAAGGGAACGGCGCUGGACCGCUGUUCGAGAGGAGGAAGAGGUCUCGGUCCAACAGCUCCAGGCACAGAUACAACGAGGUGGUCACGGAGCUCGGUCCGGAAGAAGUGCGGUGGUUUUACAAAGAGGACAAGAAAACUUGGAAGCCCUUCGUCGGGCAUGACUCGCUUAAAAUUGAGCUGAUGUUUCGGAAAUACUGCGAGCUGAACCCCGGUGCUGCAGUCUCCCGGGUCAGCGACAGGGAAGAGGAGUGCGCCAGCAAAGGGCUGAACGGCGCAGUGCCAGUGGAGACGAGGACCAGCAGCGUGCACGGAGGCCGGGGGUCUCUGGACACGUCCACCGUGUCCUCUGAUGAGCGGGACCUUGACAGCAUUGAAAUCAGCGUGGAGCCUGUUUGUGUGCGUGGAGGCCUCUAUGAGGUCAACGUCAAAGAGCAAGAAUGCUAUCCUGUCUACUGGAUGCCACAAGACCAAAUCCCUGUGAUGAGAGGCCAGUGGUUCAUUGAUGGUACCUGGCUCCCUUUAGAGGAAGAGGAGAGCGACCUCAUCGAACGCGAGCACCUGAACCAUUUCCGCGGCCAACAGAUGCAGGACACCUUUGAGACGGAUUUGGUGGCCAGGACCGUGGACAGCAAAGAUGUUGUUCUCUCCCACCUGCCCCCUUUCUACCUCCCCUUUCUGUUCAAAUGGAGUGGAUAUCAGACGAGUGCUAGAACUACAUGUCACAAGCGCAAACGCUGUCAAGCCAUCCACAGUUUGAAGCUGAGUCGGACGCACGUGGAUUGGCACAGCGUGGACGAGGUGUACCUCUACAGCGAUGCCACCACUUCCAAAAUUGCACGCACCGUCACCCAGAAACUGGGAUUCUCCAAAGCUUCGAGCAGUGGGACGCGGCUCCAUCGUGGUUUUGUUGAGGAGGCCUCCCCGGAGGACAGACCCCCCCAGACUACACACAUUGUCUUUGUGGUUCAUGGGAUUGGACAGAAGAUGGACCAGGGGCGCAUUAUUAAAAACACUGGAAUGCUGAGGGAGGGCGUGAGGAAGAUGGAGGAGAAACACUUUUCGGAGCACAACGAAGAACACGUGGAGUUCCUGCCCGUCGAGUGGCGCUCGAAGCUCGCGCUGGAUGGAGAUACGGUGGACUCGAUCACGCCGGACAAAGUGCGAGGACUGAGGGACCUUCUCAACAGCAGCGCCAUGGACAUCAUGUACUACAACAGCCCUCUGUAUCGGGACGAAAUCACCAAGGGUCUAACGCAGGAGCUGAACAGACUGUACUCGCUCUUCUGUGCCCGGAACCCGGAGUUUGAGGAACGGGGCGGCAAAGUGUCCAUCGUGUCUCAUUCCCUCGGCUGUGUCAUCACCUACGACAUCAUGACCGGGUGGGAUCCGGUGCGCUUCUGUCUGCAGGAAGCGCACCCCGUGGAGGAGGAGCUGGACUUGCACUGGAUGUCCUACGAGGAGAGGCAUCUUUUAGAACAGCUGAGGCACACGAGGAAUAGGAUGCGAGAGCUGGAAAAUCAACUCGUCACACUGGAAGCCUCUAAGCCCUCAGCACCCCCAGCUCUCAAAUUUAAGGUAGAGAACUUCUUCUGCAUGGGUUCUCCUCUGGCAGUGUUCUUGGCCCUGAGGGGGAUCCGCCCUGGUACCAGCUGCCACCAGGACCACAUCUUACCCACCUCUAUCUGCAGCAGGCUCUUCAAUGUCUUCCAUCCGACAGACCCUGUGGCCUACAGACUGGAGCCUCUCAUCCUCAAACAUUACAGCAACGUUGCUCCCGUUCAAAUACACUGGUGCAGCGCCACUAACCCUACCCCUUACGAUGAGAUCGGACCUAACUUCCUCAACCCAGUCAAAGAUCCGACAUCUGACACCGAGAGCAUCCCCAGCCCGAGUACUUCUCCCGUCCUUCCCCGCAGACACUACGGGGAGUCCAUCACCAGUCUGGGCAAAGCCAGCAUAUUAGGAGCGGCGAGCAUAGGGAAGGGCAUUGGAGGAAUCCUCUUCUCGCGUUUCUCCCGCUCCAACAGCCAGCCUUCAGUGUCCUUAGGCCUCGAGGGCGGAGCAAAUCCUGAAGAAGAGGAGCAGAAGCGCACAGAAAGCCAGUCAGCGUACGGCCUCUCCACCAUGGUUCGGCCCACCUCACCGACCACUGACACGUCACUGGAGCUGGAGAGGCGGAUCGACUUUGAGCUCAGAGAGGGUCUGGUGGAGAGCCGCUAUUGGUCGGCGGUGACCUCACACACAGGCUACUGGUGCUCACACGACAUAGCUCUUUUCUUGUUGACGUUCAUAUACAAGCAGAAGACAACAACCUCCGACCCAACGGAAGAGCCUGACUGAGGCAGCACGUUUGUUACAACAGACACACACUCGAUUGACGUCUUACAUCACUGAAGGUGUUUUUCAUCUUCUCAGCAAGACUCUAAAAAAAAAAAAAGUGACUUUCUUAUUUUUAAUGAUCACAAACUGUUCAGAUUCACUAAUGAUCCCCUUUAUCCCCUCGUGACUCAGCUGUUUUAACACUCGGGAACCAUUACUAACAAGCUGACUCAUGACUUUAUUCCAAUACGUGCAUUUUCUUUGUUUCUUUGUGUCGUUUGUGUACUAUUGCGCACCCUAAGGGUGACAGCGCUGGACCGUGAACCCCUAAGGAGGUGUACUUUUUUGCCAGUAUGACCACAAACAUGGAAACGCGGAGUAAUGGGACAACGGGGAGUUUAUGGAUUUCUAAGAGUUCAUUGAACCCGACGGACGAGAGUUUAAACCUCAGGCUGUAGCCUGUUGUCAAAGUGUCCAAACGUUUCCCAUCAGUCGAUGUAAAAUUAAAACCCAGCCGCCCUCCCAGACACUCAGUCUGGAGCCUUGUGACACAUUUGCCUAACUCUCAGUCACUGAGGCUUCAAGCUCUCUGUCUGACCGUUUUAACAUUAUCUUUGACACAAAAUACAGAGAUUAUAUAUUUUUUUUCUUUCCUUUCAAACAUCCAUCUACAUAAAAUAAUUCAAACAAGCAAACACAAUGCCUUCCACAAUCAGCCAAAUGCUACUCAUGUAGAAUAUGUCUAUAGUGUGACCGCACAAACUCCAUGAAACACAGGGCAUUAUCCCUUUAAGAAUGUUACGGCAAUAUGAAGAAAGACACAACAGACAUGCUAAUUUUAGGUUGUUUUUCAUAUAUUUGCUUUUUUUAUACUCAACUAUUUAAAGUUGUCUGACGAAAUAGAUGCACGUGAGCAAAACACUGGUUUUAUGUACAGUCGACUAAGCUCAGACAUUUGUUUUAUGUUCUCACUCUCCACAACUUGACGGAUAUUUCUUUUCCUUUGUAUGGAAACUAAAACUGUACUGACGACGGUUACAGCUGGACGCCCUCUUCUGAGCUCCAUGUGACAUUCACGCACAGAGGAUUACAGCCACAGGAAGCUUGUAUUGUAACAGGCGCAUCCUCGCCCUUGAAUGAGGGCCAGACAUGUAGAGUUAUUUUCUUACGGUCAGUUAAAGAAUCCAGUUCUUGAUGUCAUUUGCAGGAUAAGAGUUCAAACUAAAAAAAAAAAAAAAAACAAACCAAAAAAAAAAAACAAUCAUGCUCAUUCAACCUAAAUCCAUGCUUCUAUAUUAAGCUUAUGUUACAAAAGGCAUUGUUUUCUCCUCAUAUCUUUAUAUUGAUAUCUAAAUGAAAUCAGUGCUACUAGAUGUAUUUUUUCUUAAAAAAAAAAACGAAAGACAUAUUUUUUCUAGCAAUUUCCAGGAUUUAAACCUGUGGCACAAUAACAAUAAUAAUAAAAAUAUUUAUGUUUCUAUUUUGUUAGCUGCUCAGCUUUACUAAUACUAAGGCAAAUACAUAGUCCAUGAAAAUGUAAUUGGCCGAAGUUAACAAAAGCAGAUUCUUUUUUCUUUUUUUUUAAGUUUUUACUUAGUAUUUUUGCAACAUGUUGCAAAAAAGUUAAAUGUUUGCCUUUUUGCAUCUAAUUCACACGUUCCCCUUUUUGAACAAAUACGUCAGCUUGUCCUUUUUAUUUGUGGGAAAGAAGGGUUUCUUUAUUUUUUAAAAACUUGCAUUUGAAUGUGCGAUUGCCUAACCGACGUCCGCUUAGCAAAUGUAUCCGAAAAACGAAAACCCAAAUCAUGAUGAGUUUGCUUCAGGUUCGCCGGAGAACAUUUAAAAAGAAAUAAUGAAGGAGCUCAUGUUAGCCAUCAGUCCCAGCAAUAAUUCUGCACAAAUUUGAAUGCUUGCUCACUUUGCAUGGUGUCAAAAUCAUAGUCGAUUCACGUUGGAACAAGGAAAGUGCCAAGACACGUCUGAGAUGACUAGAGAAGCACUCGUGAUCGUUCGUAGGUUUCUAGUGAAGUCAUUUAAAAUACAACGGAUGAGGAACUGUGCUGUGUUCGUAGAGUUACGUGUGACAGACUUUAUUACUGUCUGUGUCAAAUUUAAUUUGUGUCCUGCUUGUUGUAACACCGUAGCUACGAAAGAACUGAUUUAGUUUGUUGUGGUGCGACCUGCAGCUUAAGUGUGCCGCACCGCCAUCGAAUGGAAUUAGCUUAUCGGUGUUUAAUGUCUUAUGUGUGUGCAAAGGCCUACUGACUAAAUACCAGGCUGCCUCGAAGAGACGAUGGCUGACCGGGAAGCAGCACAGGAUCGUGGGACGAAUGAGGGAGCAUGAUAUGAAAGUGUUGCUGCGUCUGGUCUGGUGGAGACUGCACAUUCAGUCUGAAAACAGCCUGUUUCUGUCCUUUUUUUAAAAAAAAAAAUGUUAUUCAAUAGUUUUUCGCUGAGCAUGCGUUACACCGCAGCAAUAAAUGAGCAUUUUCAACGUUUAUCUUGGGACAGUAGGCAUGCCGUCAAUCUCUCGACACGACCUUAGAUAUGUGAUGCGAAACACAGCUCCACCAUCGCCUCCGCAUCUUUAAAAUCCCUUCGUGCGGAUUCAGGCACAAAUGCCGUUUGGAAUGCGGACGGACCGUUGUAACCGUAGCAGCGGCGCUUGUGUCAGUGUUUUGUGAUUUGACCACGUUUUUAAAAAAAAAAAAAAAAAAAACAAAUCUUUUUGCACAACUUCCACUCGAGCAAUUUCUACUUCAAGCACAGGCGUUCAAAUCCGCUUUUGAUUAUUUUUUUUUAAUUUUUUCGACUAAAUGGGCAUUUAAUGUACAGCGUUUAGAACGGCGGCCGUAUAUAUAUAUUUUUGUCAUACAAACCACAAUCAUCAGGGAAAUGUGUGCUGUUAAACGUUUUGUAAGAUCCAGCGCCCUGGUCGACGCCAGAUUGAAGCCAUCGUUUGAGGAAAAACAAAAACAACUCCGCACAUAUGUGUUGUCACUUUAAGAACGCUCAAUAAAGAAUUUACAUAUGGCUGGCAUCCGUGUGUAGUCGGACACGGGGCGAGGAAGAGAUAUGCAUUCAGACUCACUGCGUGGAAUAAAAUGUGUUUAACAGCUGUUGCUGGAAAAAGUAUUUUAUGUCUGUCCCCAGAGCUGUGCAAUAACCCAUGCCUGUAAUGGAUUCUAACUGCCAUCCAAAGCACUGUAUUUAUUUCCUUUUAUUAAAGCAUUUCUUUUGGGAUACUAUAA